CCCAUUCUUUCCGCGCACUCUAAGAAAGGAAAGAACUGGUUUUUAUUCGCAUAAGUGUUGUUCUACCGUCAAAGUAAAAAUGAGGGAAAUUGUGCAUCUUCAGGCUGGACAGUGUGGAAACCAGAUCGGAGCUAAGUUCUGGGAGGUGAUCAGUGAUGAGCAUGGCAUUGACCCAACUGGUACAUACCAUGGGGACAGUGACCUCCAGCUCGACAGGAUCAACGUGUACUACAAUGAAGCCUCAGGAGGUAAAUACGUGCCCCGUGCUGUGCUUGUCGACUUGGAGCCAGGGACCAUGGACUCUGUGAGAUCCGGACCCUUCGGCCAGAUCUUCAGACCAGACAACUUUGUGUUCGGCCAGAGUGGUGCUGGAAACAACUGGGCCAAGGGCCACUACACAGAGGGAGCCGAGCUGGUGGACUCAGUCCUGGAUGUUGUGAGGAAGGAGGCAGAGAGCUGUGACUGUCUGCAGGGCUUCCAGCUCACCCACUCCCUAGGAGGUGGAACUGGCUCUGGCAUGGGCACCCUGCUCAUCAGCAAGAUCCGUGAAGAGUACCCCGACCGCAUCAUGAACACCUUCAGCGUGGUGCCCUCACCCAAAGUAUCAGACACUGUGGUGGAGCCCUACAAUGCCACCCUCUCAGUCCACCAGCUAGUGGAGAACACUGACGAGACCUUCUGUAUUGACAACGAGGCUCUCUACGACAUCUGCUUCCGUACCCUGAAACUCACUACUCCCUCCUACGGCGACCUCAACCACCUGGUGUCAGCCACAAUGAGCGGCGUUACAACCUGCCUGCGAUUCCCAGGACAGCUGAAUGCUGACCUCCGCAAGCUGGCCGUCAACAUGGUGCCAUUCCCCCGUCUCCACUUCUUCAUGCCCGGCUUUGCCCCCCUCACAAGCAGGGGAAGCCAGCAGUACCGCUCCCUCACUGUUCCUGAGCUCACCCAGCAGAUGUUCGAUGCAAAGAACAUGAUGGCCGCCUGCGACCCCCGCCACGGCCGCUACCUUACAGUGGCUGCCAUCUUCCGCGGACGCAUGUCCAUGAAGGAGGUGGAUGAGCAGAUGCUGAACGUGCAGAACAAGAACAGCAGCUACUUUGUUGAAUGGAUCCCCAACAAUGUCAAGACCGCCGUCUGCGACAUUCCCCCCCGUGGCCUCAAGAUGGCUGCCACCUUCAUUGGCAACAGCACAGCCAUCCAGGAGCUGUUCAAGCGUAUCUCCGAGCAGUUCACGGCCAUGUUCAGGCGUAAGGCUUUCCUUCAUUGGUACACAGGAGAGGGUAUGGAUGAGAUGGAGUUCACUGAGGCAGAGAGCAACAUGAAUGACCUGGUGUCUGAGUACCAGCAGUACCAGGAUGCCACCGCUGAGGAGGAGGGAGAGUUUGAGGAGGAGGGAGAAGAGGAGCUGGCCUAAAUGUUUGUGUAACUGUGCUCUUCCUAGCUGUAUUCACUGACAUGUCAGUCUCAACCUUUCCAGUGUUCCAUUAUCUGUCCCUUUUUUUGUUUUGUCACCUCUGCUAUUACUGUCAAUUCUUGUCUGUACAGAAACAUGUCAAUAAAAUUUCUUAUGUUUAAA